GACGACUGCGCUGGAGCCGCGCGCGCCGCUCGCAGGGAACCGUCCUGGCCGUCCUGAGCCGCGGCCGCGGUCGGAGCCGGCAAGAGGCUCCCGCCUGGGCACGCAGUCGCCACGCGCCGGCCUCCGGGGCCUCGCCCGCGCCCGCCUUGCCCGCCCGGCCCUAGCAGGCUCCGCCGCCGCGGCCUGGGCACGAGCGGCCGGUACGAGCUGCGCGCCGCCCGAGACGGACACCGGACCGCCCCGUCACGUGCGUCCAAGUCCUCGGCGGGCCGGGGCAACGCCGUUCCCAUGGUUCAAGGCUGUUGAUGGAGAAGGGGGCGGAUGACAGCCGGGACAGUGGUCAUCACCGGGGGCAUCUUGGCGACUGUCAUUCUACUCUGCAUCAUCGCGGUUCUGUGCUACUGCCGGCUGCAGUACUACUGCUGCAAGAAGGACGAAGACCAGGAGGACGAGGAGGAGCCCGACUUCGCCGUGCACUCCAGCCUGCCGCCGCUGCACGCCCAUCGCAGCCUCGUGCUGACCAACGGGCCCGCGCUCUACCCGGCCGCCUCCACGUCCUUCAGCCAGAAGUCCCCACAGGCCCGGGCCCUCUGCCGCAGCUGCUCCCACUACGAGCCGCCCACCUUCUUCCUGCAGGAACCCGAGGACGAAGGCGUGCCCAACGGCGGGGAGCGCGUGACCUACAAGAGCUUCAGCCAGGAGGACGCCGAGCUGCCGCCCGCAACCUUUGGGGGUCUGCAGGCGCUCAACCCUAACCGCCUCUCGGCCAUGCGGGAGGCUUUCUCACGGAGCCGCAGCGUCAGCACCGACGUCUGAGCAGCCCCUGCCCGCGGCAGGUCCUAGACCAUGGAGGGGUCCCCGUGGCAUGCCAGCCUGGCCCCAGGCCUGGACCUGAGCUUGGCCCAGCCUUUCUCGCAUCCCUGUCAUCACGGGGGCCCCAGGCUUGGGGGGCCUUGGGCCCCGCCUUCUGGGAGCUCCGGGGCCCAUUGUAGGGGUAAGGCGCAGUGAACGCAGGCGCGGCCGGGGUUCGGGUCACCGGGGCUGGAAGGGAGGUGGGCAUGACGUGGUGCAGCACAGGUGAGCUGUAACGUCCAGGUGUGAGGGCUGCAGAGCGAGGCGGGGCUCCUGACACCACACUGCUGUUAGGACAGGUGCGAUGGAAAGCAGUUCCCGUCUCAGCCCCAGCUGCUCUGUGCCUGCGUGGCCCAGAUGUGGGGGCCUUAGUCUACCUACCUGUUCAAGGAAGGGUGGCCAUGGCAGUACUUGGGGCCCUGCAGCCAGACUUCUCUGGCAAUUUCAGACCAAUUAUUUUGUCCCUCUAACCAGAACGGGAGGCCUCUGUCUCCUGUUCACAUACACACACACCUCUGGCUUCAGUGCCAGGCGGCUGAGACACAGGUUGAACUGGCCUCUCUUUAGACCCCCUUAGAAGGCAGUUACAGGGGCGCCUGGGCCUUGGGGACGCACAGCCCCAGCUGGCUUUUUUGUGAAAGAAGGAGAAAGAGGCCGUGUCCAAACCGCUUGCUUCGUGAGUGCCCGUUCCUCAGCCCUGACUUGGGUGGGUGGACAGACGCGUGGACCAGGGGCUAAAAGACCACUAACCCCCCAUAAGACCUGAGACGGGCCCUCCCAUCCCUGGGCCUCAGCCUCCGGGAGCCCCAGGGGAAACAGACCCGGGCUGUCCCCCUGCCACCUGCUCCGCAGGAGGAUCUGGGAGCGAGGCCCUGGCCCCCCUGCUCUGCUCCUGCUCCGUGUGCCCACUCUCCACCAAGCUCCCAGCAGGACUGGGGUCUCCCCAGGAACCCACUCUAGGCUCCCUCAACCCGGCUGGGGAAAUGGUGCCCGAUGGCCACCAUGGGGAAUGCAGCUCCUGACCCAGGCGGAGACAGGGUUUGCUGUCUCUGAAACAUGGCCCCCAGAGCCCCUGCCUUCUCCAGGGCUCUCUGUCUCUGGGCCCAGCCGCGGCGGGGCCCUGGGGUAGGGUGAGCUAGCCGUUGUCUGCCCGGGAAGAUGGACCAGGCUCCGCAGCCAUCUGCCUUUUAAAAAGACAUCGCUUUGAGGGUAAGCGGCCCUCCGUGAGCCACAGGCAGCCUGAGCUGCUGUUACUUGAAAGUGCAGAUGAGUGGAGAUGGCUGGACUAGACGUGAGCAGAGUUGGUGAAGACUUACUGUUUUUAGCAGUCUUGAUUUUUUUCCUCUUCUUCCUUUUCUCCCCCUGCCUCAGUUUGGACGUGCUAAUUGAAUUCACCCCAGCUUCCCAAAGCGCCACUCACACCUCCCCUUCCUUUGUGAACCCCACCAGUUUUUUUCUGAUGCAUUAGCUUGGGGGUGGGGGUGGGGGUGGGGGUCGGGAAGGGAGGGUGAGGGCCAGGAGGUGGCACUUCCUGUGGCUGUUCUGUUCCGUUUUCCUAGUUCCUUUGCUGGUCUCUAUCCUCUGUAUAAAUUCAUAGAUCGAGUUGAAAUGAA